AUGGAUCCAACUCCGUCUGUACCAGUUUCCAACUUGUUCUCCCUCGCAGGGCAAAACGUGCUCAUAACAGGCGCCACCCGCGGUAUCGGGGCCGCCUGUGCAAUAGCUCUCGCAGAGGCUGGCGCCAGCGUUUGCCUCGUCCAGCGCCCCUCUAAUCCUAACCAUGCCACCCGCGAUGCCAUCCUCGCGCUCGGUCGCACCGCCAAAAUCGUCGAGUGCGACCUCGCUGACCUCGAGUCCGUCAGGGCUAUCUUCUCCAAGGCGCUUGAAGCCAUGGGCGGAGAGAUCCACGUGCUCGUGAACUGUGCAGGCAUUCAGCGGCGAUCCCCGGCAGUCCAGUUUCCCGAAAGCGACUGGGAUGAUGUGCUCAACGUGAACCUCAAAUCGAUAUGGCUGCUCUCGCAAGCAGCGGGAAACCACAUGGUGCCGCGCCGCCGCGGCAAGAUCAUCAAUUUCUGCUCGCUGCUCACAUUCCAGGGCGGGAUCACGGUGCCUGCGUAUGCGGCUGCAAAGGGCGCGCUCGGGCAGCUCACGAAGGCGCUCAGUAAUGAAUGGAGUAAGGAUAAUGUGCAGGUGAACGGGGUUUGUCCGGGGUAUAUCGCCACUGAUAUGAACGAACGCCUCUUGCACGACCCUCAGCGCCUGCGCCAGAUAACGGAGCGCAUACCCGCAGGGCGCUGGGGCGAGCCCAAGGACUUCGCGGGCCCCGUCGUGUUCCUCGCGAGCGCCGCGAGCCAGUACGUCUGCGGGGAGCUGCUCGUCGUCGACGGCGGCUGGAUGGGCCGCUAA